UAGUGCAAGCAGGGAGACUGGGACUUUGGUCUUGGGAGAGUAGAAGACAGCUUCAAUGCAGCAGGAGGGCUUUCACUGUCUUUCAAACAGGAAAGGAAGGCAUCAUAUUACUAGAACUGCUAUUUUCAAAUAGAAAUGGGAUGGAUGGGGGUAGUGGGGUCUCCCUGUACAUCCUAAAGUUCAUAGGGUAGCUGACCUCAUUCAGCUGUUGUUUUGCUUUUUUAACUAGCUCUUGUCUGAACAGGUGCCCGAUGCAGUAUAAAGCUGCUUAGGAUAGCUGGCAUAACUCUGCUUUCACAUUUCAAGGAACUGGGAAAGAAAUAGGCAAAAAAAUGUUUUGCACAGGAAGCUACUGUGUGGAGAUACUCUGCACAGCCAUUGAAGGAGCAGUAUAGUACCGAAACACCACAUGUUCUAUAGAAGACAAAAACCCUGUAGGUCAGGCUGCCACACAGUGUAGCUCGGACUCUGUGAGUUUCAAACUGCUUGUAAAAGGGACAGACUGGACAAUGAAAAUGAACAUGGAGGAUGCUGACAUGACUUUGUGGACAGAGGCUGAUUUUGAAGAGAAGUGCACGUACAUCGUAAAUGAUCACCCAUGGGAUCCUAGCACUGACGGAGGCAACAUAACUCAGGCAGAGGCUUCCUUGCCAAGGAACUUGACUUUCAAAUAUGCAUCAAACUGUAAAGAGGUUACUGGAGUUAUAAGCAAAGAGUACAUCCCAAAAGGAACACGCUUUGGACCCCUGGUAGGAGAGAUCUAUACCACCGAUACGGUUCCCAAGAAUGCAAACAGAAAAUACUUUUGGCGGAUCUAUUCCAGUGGUGAGCUUCACCACUUCAUUGAUGGAUUUAAUGAGGACAAGAGCAACUGGAUGCGCUAUGUGAAUCCAGGCCAUUCUGUUCAGGAACAGAACUUGGCUGCUUGUCAAAAUGGAAUGAACAUCUACUUCUACACCAUCAAGCCCAUCCCUGCCAACCAAGAACUACUUGUGUGGUAUUGUCGAGACUUUGCAGAGAGACUUCACUAUCCUUCCUCCGGAGAGCUGACGAUGAUGAAUCUCACACGAGGCCACAAUAACCCAAAGCAGCAAAGCACUGAUAAAGACGAACUUUAUCAGAAAAGCAUCCCAAAGAAAGAGCACAGUGUGAAAGAAAUCCUGAAAACUGAAUCCAACCCUUCAAAAGGAAAGGAUUUAUUCCAGACCAACAUUUCACCAGUUACUCCAGAAAAAAACUUGGAUGAUUUGAGAAAAAACUGUAGCCCUGAAAGGUGUUUUUUCCCACGAGUUAUCUAUCCAAUCCGACCUCACAUGCCAGAAGACUAUUUGAAAGCUUCCCUAGCUUAUGGGAUGGAAAGACCCAACUAUAUUACACCGUCCCCCAUCCAGUCUUCUACCACACCAAGUCCUUCAGCAAGGAGCAGCCCAGACCAAAGUUUAAAAAGUUCAAGCCCUCACAGCAGUCCAGGGGUUACUGUUUCACCUCUGGCACCUACUUCUCAAGAAUACAGAGAAUCCUACCCUUUCUUGAAUGGACCCCAUGGCUCAGAAGGAUUGGGGUCUUAUCCUGGAUAUGCACCCUCUAGCCAUCUCUCUCCAGCCUUUUUAUCCUCCUAUAAUUCCCACUAUCCAAAAUUCCUGUUACCUCCAUACAGUAUGAGCUGUAAUAACCUGAGCGCUUUGAACAAUAUCAAUGGCAUCAAUAAUUUCAAUCUCUUCCCAAGGAUAUAUCCUCUCUAUGGCAACAUACUGGGUGGAGGCAGCCUGUCCCAUCAUGUGCUGAACCCUGCUGCUCUUCCAGGUUCACUGCCAUCUGAAGGAAGCCGUAGAUUGCUACAACCUGAUCAUCCAAGAGACUUCCUCAUGCCAGCACCUAACAGUGCCUUUUCCAUCACGGGCGCUGCUGCCAGCAUGAAAGACAAACCAUGCAGCCCCACAAGUGGGUCCCCUCAAGCUGGCACAGCAGCUACUUCAGAACAUAUAAUGCAACCUAAACCUACCUCAGCAGUGUUGGCUGCCACCAGCAGUGAAGAAGCCAUGAAUCUCAUUAAAAGUAAGAGGAACGUGACUGGUUACAAAACUCUUCCAUAUCCACUGAAGAAGCAGAAUGGGAAGAUCAAAUAUGAAUGCAAUGUUUGCUCUAAAACCUUUGGCCAGCUCUCAAAUCUGAAGGUCCACCUGAGAGUGCAUAGUGGUGAGAGGCCUUUCAAGUGUCAGACUUGCAACAAAGGGUUUACCCAGCUGGCUCACCUCCAGAAGCACUAUCUGGUCCACACAGGCGAGAAGCCCCACGAGUGCCAGGUUUGCCACAAGCGAUUCAGCAGCACCAGCAACCUAAAGACCCAUCUUCGGCUCCACUCUGGAGAAAAGCCUUACCAGUGCAAGUUGUGCCCUGCUAAAUUCACCCAGUUUGUGCAUCUGAAGCUGCACAAGCGUCUUCACACCAGGGAACGUCCACACAAGUGUGUCCACUGUCAUAAGAGCUACAUUCACCUCUGCAGCCUCAAAGUCCACCUGAAGGGCAACUGCCCAGUAGCCCCUGCCUCCGGCCUCUCAGUGGAGGAUCUAAAUCGUAUCAAUGAAGAGAUCGAGAAGUUUGACAUCAGUGACAAUGCUGACAAGCUGGAAGAUAUGGAGGACAAUAUCGACAUGACAUCAGUUGUGGAAAAAGAAAUAUUGACCAUGCUCAGAAGAGAAAUAGAAGGAGCUAAUCUUAAAGUAUCAUUGCAGAGGAACCUGGGAAAUGGACUUAUCUCCUCAGGAUGCAACCUCUAUGAAUCUUCAGAUAUGUCCAUUAUGAAGUUGCCUCAUGGUCAUCCACUACCUCUGUUACCAAUAAAGGUCAAGCAAGAAACAAUUGAACCAAUGGACCCUUAAGACUUUUUCUGGCAAAAAGUGAUUUUUAUUUAUGACUUGGCAAGUCAGGGUGCCUGUAGCAAUUGCUUGUAUAUAGUGUCAGUGCUGCACAGCAAUCAUGGCUUACAGUAGUUUCCCUCACUCUCUCCAGUUGAAAGAAGGAACUCCAAAGUAACUAUAUUCUCAGGGCAUGAAAAGAGGCAAAGGACUAUGUAUUGCCUCCCCAGUUACUAAAAGACAAUCAUCUAUCCAUAACUAUUUUUUCAAUUAUAGUACUUCAUAAUUUAUUAUGCAAUUUAUCAUUCUAAAAGCAAUAAUUAGAAAAUGUUUACAAUGACUGAAAAAAUCAUUGUAAUUUUGAGUAUAAAAGUUUAUAUUUUGUUUCAUGGCCAUUCUUUGUAGAUAUUUUUUUCUGCACAUCUGUCUUAAAAAAAUUAAGAUUGGGGAUAAAAAGUUAUUUCAGUAAGUUUUUCUAUGUACCAAUGUCUUUAAAAACAUGGUUUUUAUAUUGCCAAAGGUGAAUAUUUGACAUACUGAGUCAUAGAUCAAUUGGCUUGAAAAAUGCUGUGUACAUUCAGGAGUGGGUAGGUAUACAAAAUCCCCCAGAAAA